AUGGUUUCGUGCGGCCGCCGCGCCGUCAUACUGGUAUUACUGGCGCUUGCUGGCGCUGCGCGGAGCAUCGCUUGAAUAGUUGAAUUUUCUCGUCCUCGCUCAGAGCGGUUUCUUCACAUCGCAGCAUUCGUAUUGCAAGACCGACCAAAAAAAAUGGGUUGUGGAAUGGGAGUGAUCAAGUAUCUGCUCUUCAUAUUUAAUUUCAUCUUUGUGCUAUGUGGUCUGGCCAUUCUGGUUGUCGGCGUUUUAGUACAAUUAGGAAAGCAAAAUUAUUCCGAACAUCUGGAGGACAUUACGAGUAAUCUUACGCUCCCGGCAGUUACAUUGAUUGUCAUCGGCAGUAUUAUCUUUAUCAUCGCUUUCCUAGGAUGCUGCGGUGCGAUUCGCGAGAGUCACUGUAUGAUAGUCACGUUUGCAUGUUUGCUCCUGACAAUCCUGAUCAUACAAGUGGCAAUCUCAAUCUACGUAUUCGUCGUAGUGAAAAAUUCUGGUGAAAUUGACUUUAGGAAAAUAUACACGGAAAACCUCUUCAUGAAGUACCCUACAAAUACAGAGGAAAAGGACAUUGUAAAUACCAUACAGGAUAAGUUGAAGUGCUGUGGUAUUGACCGUCCUCAAGAUUUUCCCCUUAUACUUCAUGAAACUUCUAUCCCAGGAAGUUGUUGCGGUAAGAAGGAACCCGACACCUGCGAUCAACAACACUCUUACGAGACUGGUUGCGUAAUCGCGUUAGAAGAUCUCUUCAAAUCUGCUCUUACGGUACUGGGUGGCGUUGCUCUUGGUAUUGCUGCUGCAGAGUUGAUUGGCAUCAUCUUCGCAUUAUGUCUGGCGAAUUCCAUAAAGAACGUCGAACGCAGAGGCUAUAGUGUGUAAAAGUGCAACUUUGUGAGGGACGUCGUUUUGGAAGGCUUUCGAUACACAACCAUCUUACCUUCAUUUUACUACUGUCAACGUAUUCGCCUAUAAGAUGUGAUAAAACACUUGCACUUUACAGCAGGAUAAAGUACAUUUCUUUUUUCUUUUUCUAAGCAGAUUGGAGCCAGAGUAUCUCUUUAUGUUUUCUUUUUCUGUUUCUUUAUAGUCGUAAUUACAAUAAAACGGUAAUGUUUUUUUCGAUUAAAUGACAUAUUUUUGUUUUCUGAUUAUAAAAUUAAUGCGUAGAGUUUGGCACAUGAUAUCUGGCAACGAGUUUUACUGUAAUUGUUGUCGGGUCAUAGAUUAUAUUUUUUUUCCUUUGUAAAAAUAACUUUUUUAUACGAUUAUAUAUACAUACAUAUACAUAUUUUGAUACAGUACAGUUUUGACUUAUGUUUAUGUCUCUGUCCUAAAAAGGUUCAAAAAUAUAAAAAAAUCAAUAUAAUUCACUUUGUUUAAUAUGAAUAUGCAAGAUCGUUUCGUGCGAUAAUCCACGAACAAAGAUAUUGAAGUACCUUUGCGAGGAUAAAAAGUAGACGAGUUAUAGUAUUUUACAAAUAUUACGAAAAUAUUUUUUCAUAUAUUGAACUACACAAUCGUACCUGCGGAGGUGUUAUGCCGUCAUUAAAAACAUAGAAUUCUUGUAUGUGUCUUUAUAUAAAAAUUCACUUUGUUUGUACAGCACACAGUACAGAUACUGUUUAAAAAUAUAUACGCACACACACACAUAUAUAUAUAUAUAUA